AUGUCGGAUUCCCCCCAAUCCCCUCACAAGGAGGUUGAUCAAGGUGCACCGUCACCCGACGACGAAGCACAAAUGAACGAGCAACAAGACCCACAAUCCGCAAACACCGCGGGCUACGAGUUCGAGGGUGUAAAGGAACAAGACCGAUGGUUACCUAUAGCCAAUGUGGCUCGUAUCAUGAAAAAUGCCCUCCCGGAGAACGCAAAGAUUGCAAAGGAGGCAAAGGAGUGUAUGCAGGAAUGUGUUAGCGAGUUUAUCUCAUUCAUCACCAGUGAAGCCUCGGAGAAGUGUCAACAGGAAAAGCGCAAGACUGUCAACGGUGAAGACAUCCUUUUCGCCAUGACAUCCCUUGGAUUCGAGAAUUAUGCGGAGGCGCUCAAGGUCUAUCUAAGCAAGUAUCGCGAGCAACAGAACCAAUCCAACCGGGACAGGGUCGGCAUGGAGAAUGGACCCUGGAGUUCUGGCGGCAUGAUGGGCGACACCAAGGCAGAAGGCGAGUUUGGACAGGAACCCAAUAGUGUUGAGGGUGGUGCCGACCCCAACUACAUCUACGGAUCACAGCCUGGCCACAAUGGCAACGCGGCUGAGGGCUACUAA